AUGCAGCUUGUAUAUAGGCUUGCGCUGUUGCUCGAGCAUCUUCAAGGCUUGCAGAAGCAUGCUUUGGUCAAUUCCCCCUGUCGCAGGGACUGGAGUCGCUGCGACUGUGGGGCUCGCAACUACUGCGGCAAGGAGUUUAAAAAUGUCGCCUGGAAGGAAUGGGAAGAGCGCCUUACCGCAUUAGAAGGAACCAUUCGUAGGCAAAAUGAAGAACUUCGUCAGCUGAGACAUCAACCAGAGCUGCCAAUUCAAAUAAGGCCGCCAGAGCCAGACCCACCAGCUGCGGUGAGAUUUCGAAAACAACACCCACCUGAGUUUGAGGGAGGCAUAGACCGAGUGGUGGCUGAAGAGUGGAUGAGUCGCAUAGAAAGGAUUUUACAGAUGUUAAGGGUCGAUGGGAAUGACCGAGUGAAGUGUGCAUCAUACAUCCUGAGGAAAGAUGCUCGUAUCUUGUGGGAGGUGGUGGAGCAAACAAAGAAUGUAGAUACCAUGAAUUGGGAUGAUUUCAAAAGGGUCUUUAAUGAGAAAUAUUAUAACUCAACAGUUCUAGCAGCAAAGGUCAAUGAAUUUACUGGAUUAGCCCAAGGGAGCCUUACUGUUACAGAGUAUGCACGAAAAUUUGAUAGAUUGGCAAAAUUCGCUCCAGAUUUGGUACCUACUGAUAGAGUGCUUUAUGCUCAAGUUGUCGAAAUGGCUCUUACGGCUGAGCGGAGUGAAAACAAAAUUUGGAAGGAAAAUGCUGACAGGAGAGAAUCUAAGAAAGGUGGAGCCAAUUCUAAUGACCACAAGAAAAGGGGACAAGAUCAUUCUGGGCAGUCAAGUCAUGACAUAAGGGCACAAAACCCAACAAACAACUACGUUCCAGCCAGAAUUUUUGGCAUCACUCAAGUAGAAGUUGAGGCCAGUCCUUCGGUUGUAUCGGGUCAGAUUCCAAUGGCCAACACCACUUGUAAAGUUUUGUUUGAAUCUGGUGCAACUCAUUCUUUUUUUGCUAGCACAUUUGUUAAUCAUAUAAAUGCACCAAGUGAAUUAUUUCCUGUGGGGUUUUGGACCAUGUUACCAUCUGGGGAGGUUGUAAUCUCUAGAAACUGGCUUAGGGGUAUACCUGUUACGAUAGAUGGUAGGGAAUUAUUUAUAGACCUGAUUGUAUUAGAUUUAUUUGAUUUUGAUGUAAUCUUGGGCAUGGAUUUUCAUACCAAAUAUGGAGCAUCAAUUGACUGCAAGCAAAAGAAAGUGGUUUUCACACCAGAAGAUGGAGAGAAAUUCGAGUUCAGGGCCGCACCCCUAUUAUUUCAGAAAUAA